AUGCUGACUACAAGGAUGAUGCCAAAAUUUGGACCAUCAUUAAUGACUGGCCUAUCUGUGUUCGCAUUAACAACAUUUAUGUUCGUAUCUCUUCGGCCAAAAAUAACGAUUCUGCCAACUGCACCUCCUCCAAAAUCAGCGCAAGCACUGCCCCCAGCUCCAAAAAUCAAAUUCGUCGAGAAGAGACUUGCACUGAAGCCAAAUUUGACUUCACCUCCUGCUAUUUCGAAGCCAUCGCAACGAAUGAUCGAAUUCUACAAAAUUCAGGCUUUUCAACGUCGUGAAUACCUAAAAGUUGUUCAACAAUCAUUAUCCAAGAACUACAUGUUCGUAUAUAACAACAUGGGACCGGAGGUACAUUGCCCAGAACUGGUACGAGUUGGAACAACAAACGAUGGUGGGAAAUGGAUAUGUAGUCCAUUCCGGAUUCCGGAUGGAUGUGCUAUAAUAUCACUUGGUUUGUUCAAUGAAGUCACAUUUGAGCAAGAAUUGCAAUAUAUAAUCAAUAAACGUUGCAAAAUUUUCGCUUAUGAUUCCCAACAACAAGCACCGCACACAUUAAAGCUACUAGAAUCGAUACGUACCAAAGCAAUGAAGGCCACUAUUUCCGCUGAAACAGAUGUAUCCAAACAACGAUACGCCAUCGAGGAUCUCAUGGUUAUGGAAGGUGUCCGUUCCAUUGAGAUCCUUAAAAUAGAUAUCGAAGGAAGCGAGUUUAACGUAAUACCUCCGCUCCUCAAAAAGCAUAAACCUGCGCAGAUCAUGAUCGAGAUACACGGCACUCCGGCGGAGAUGGUUACUUUGUUGACCAAAAUAUCUCGUCAAGGAUAUUGGUUAUAUUCGUACGAGAUCAACGGAGCAUGGCAUAAUCUUUGCGAAUUUUCUUUUAUACAUGAGAGUGCAUUUGAACGUUAUGGUGCUACACCUUUAGCGAAAUUCUUGGAUUUUUAA